AGCAGCCAGCAUCUCAACCAGGUCGAUAAAAGUCACUCGUUAGACAACAUCUCGCACUCUUUUACCACUGCUUUACCACAGUCGUUCUCGCAGCCUACCUCAGUCACAGUCACUCUUUCUAUAACAUCAAUACUCUGCCACCUCUCUUCUUCUACAAUGGACCCUAUUUCGAGCGUCAACGUCUUCUGUGGCGAUGGGACCACCUGCUACUUUGAUAAUAUCACGCCUCUGUACUCUGACUGCGGCAAGAUCAUCAUCCCUAUCGGAACCUACCCCCACCAAGUCGAGGUCAACCCGACCGCCAUCACCAUCAUCCCCACUCGUCCGACUCCCACCACGACCUCGUGCACCACCCUCCAGACCGCUACAACUACCCAUUAUGGACGUGGAGACGGAAACGGAAACGGUCACGGAAAUGGAGACGGGCAUGGACAUGGAGGACCUGGAGGACAUGGCGGAUCCUACCCCACUCCACCAGCCUACUGCAAGGACCCCCUCAUCGAUAUCGUCGUCAACCUUCUGGGCCUGAACAUCGACAUCGCCGCCUACCUGGACCUCUCAGGCCUCCUAGAGGGCGUCGGCGAGCUCCUGAGCGGCCUCCUCGGCGGCGGCGGCAGGCACGGGCGCCCGACCUCGAUCAAGCGCCGGUACGAGGCGCACUGCGGCGCGACUCUGGAGCACUGCCGGGCCGGCCGCGAGAUCAACCGGACGACGUCGACGGGCCACGAGGACUGCGUGUCGCGGUGCGAGCGGGCCGGCAUCGAGGCCUCGGUGCGGCUCGGCAACCUCGUCGACUGCCUCGGCGUCACGCUGGACCGCGGCAUCAGCGUCGACAACUGCCUGUUUGUGCUGGGCGACCGCAAGCACCUGCUCGACCUCGACAUCGAUCUGCUUGGCGGGAAUGAUCACACUGACUCGCUCAUCAACCUCGACCUUAACAUCGGAUGAGCUGCUGCUGCGCCCGCCCGAUCACUUGCCUCUCCUCACGAGAUUUCGUGACUAGGCUGGGCGGAUUUUCUGAUUGCGCGGAGUGAACGUCAGACAUAUGAUUCUUUCUACGGCAGCGUCACUUAGACAACUUUUUGGGGGUUAGAAAAGAGGAUUGGGGACGGAGGAUUCUUCUGGGGGCAGUAUUCAGAUAUUUACCAUUCAUCUUAAUUAGUAUUAUUAGUAUUUGUUCUUAGUUGGUAUCAAUAAACUUCAAUCUUGCUGCAGAAGUUUUGCAUGGGUCUGGUUCAUACUUUGACUCUGGGCUUCAGACUAGGUACCUUCCUCUAGUUAGUGAAACCGAGGUUCUCAAGGUGGCAUUGUUGCCACAUUGCUGCCAGAAUCUUGCCCUCCCAGAGCUGCAUAUGCUCCACCACAUCAACAGGCGCAAAACUGUCGUUAUUAAGCAGGGC